AUGGAUGCAUGGAAAGUAGCUAUGAAAGAAGGGGAGAGAAAAGAAGCAUCUAGGGAUGGAGAUGAAUCAGAUGCGGAUGAUUCAGACGAUCAAAAGGCUGGCCUAGCAACGUUGGUUGCAAGGAUGGAAAAUACUGAGAAAACUUUGCUUGCAAGGAUGGAAAAGACUGAGAAUCAGGUUGAAAAUCUUCAAAAGCGACUGUUAGAAGCAGAGAAUGAGCUCCGGUCAAGCAAAAAAAACGCAAUUCCUUGGAGACGAAUUGGGUCAGGAGAUUUGACGGACGCAGACAUCGAGCGAGACGACGAAUAUCAACUGCCACACGACAUUUAUACUGUCAUAUCAGCCUGGAAAUUCUCGAGUCGGCCAUUCUGGAUUGCCCUCAUAGUGAUUGCAGUUCAGAUCUUGUUGCUAUCCUUGUUAUUAGUGGAUCAGCUUGGUCAAUCUGACGAUACUUCUGUAAGAAUUUUCCCUGCCAACGUACCGAUCAUUGUCCACAUCAGCCAAGGACUUGCGAUUAUCAUCGCGAUAAUGGGUCAAGAUGACCUACGCAUUGCUAUGGAGGGAUAUUUUGAUGGUAUACCAACAAGAUUUAAAGGUGAAAAGACUUUUCAGGGGAUGAAUCAGCCUCAAUGGAAUUGCAGCUACUUCACUCGAUUCUUGCAAGGCCUAUUGUCAGUGAUAGCAGCUUUUGUAUUGGCCAUACAAUCCGAGACGGUUUUCGAUGUAUUAUUGAACUUCCUUGGCGUGAGGUUCGUAUCCGAGCUUGACGACCUUGCCUUUCUACUCAGCGAGCUCGGUUACUUGGGAGAAGAGUGUCAAAAGGCAUCGAAGUGUAUAUCAGAAGCGAAGUUCCAACAGGACAAUCGCAACAAGGUUGAUGGCCAUACUGGUUCCCGCUCUUGGUUCCGCAAGUUUGCGCAUAUCAUUGGUGUCUUUGCCGUCCUCGCGACGCUCUUUGCUUUCUUUCUAUAUAUACUUAUCAACCAGAACCAAGGGGAUUUCUCGGAGCAAGAGUUCAUGCUAGACAUGUCUGACGAUAUCUUGUCUUUCAUUACCUUAUUCAACGGCUGCUAUCGAGUCAGUCCGACAAGAAAGAGAUUUGAGCGGCGCCUUGUAUAUGAGCAAGUUGGCUUUGAGCAGGAUGGUGGAAAAUUCACAUACUGCAAUAGUAUACAACCAGAUGGGAAACCUGGUUGGACGAUGUCAAUCGGAGCGUUGGAAAAUAAACCAUGUGAACUGUAUGUUGCAAGGACAGAGGCUACAACUACAUUUGACUUGUUGGAGGUAAAUCAACGAUGCUUGAUUGCUUUUGCAACCUUUUAUUACUUACAAACUUCUUGUGAGGCGGGAGAAAAGCAGUGGUAUACGAGCGAUGGAACCUCUCUUGAAAACACUCGGCUUCGGCGCGUCCUAGGGUCUUCAGAAGAAUGUUUAAAAUCAACUACUUUCGAAACAGUCACCGCGAUUUGCGAGAACGUGCACUUUGAGCAAUCCGUCAACCAGCAAGGGACUCUGUCCGUAUCCUUUUUCAAGGCAACUAUCAGUUCGAUACAACCGACCGUGUUCACGACCGAUGCCAUCUCUCAUCCCGUUUAUAUCAAACAAGGCAGCACCCCGGAAUUGUAUGAAAUCAUCUUUUUUUCCGGAAAUCGUUGGGUUUGGACGAACCCCAUUGCCCCAAAUGUUACAUCGGACUUUCUUUCGUUGUCGAUGGAGGAGUACUUGAAUACAGAUAGCGGUUUUGUUGGAGUUACCAAUGCACUACAAAGCACAGGCGAGCUUAUCAACCUUGUCUCGGCAGGUGUAGCAGCUUCAAUUAGUGAGAGUACGCCUAUGGGGCUGAGAUGGUAUCACAAUCGGAACGAACCCGGUCUUUUGUUUGAUGUCCCAGUCCCGGAUCUGUCACGACCGGUGGACAUUCACUCGUUUUGUGAAAAUUGCAACAAUGUCACCAAUCCUUGCGAUAAUGGUGGUAUCUGCACUUCGGCUAGGAUCUGUGACUGCAUCAACGGUGGAUCUGGCGAGUUGUGCCAAGACAAACCCCUCGGAGAUGGGACGUGCAACCUUUACUUCAACAAGGAGGAGUAUGGUUGGGAUGGAGGCGACUGCUGUGGAGAAAGUUGCGAGGGUUCCAAUUGCGGAUUUGCUGGACUUUCUUUACCUUUUGGACUGGAUAGCCAGAGCACAACGGUUGAAACUUAUGAUGCAGCCAGUUUUGGAUACGAAUUUUGCAGAGAUCCAAGCAUGGCCCCUAUUACAAUUCAAUUGGAUCAAUUUGAAGUCUUCUAUGACGAAUAUUGGAGUACCAUCCUGGGCAACCGCGACGGCAAACCAUUUUGCAGUACUUCUUCACUUAAUGUCCGUUGCAACUCGAAAACGUAUAUGCAUUUUCCUCAACACGUCUUAUUCAACCAGUCUGACUGUGAUCAAAGUUUUGAGCAGACAAUUAUGGUGCCAUUUGGAUCAACGUGUGAGCUGUCCGUCAAUGUUGCCUGCUUUGGACCUUUCUGCUUGGACCACGAAGUAUCCAUUCUCUAUGGCAACAGUACGGCAUCCGAGCCAAUAUUGACUGCCAGCGUUAAGUCACAGGCGCAAUUCGCUUUUGGAGUGCCCACCAAGUGCUUGACUGAUGUUCUCUUGGAACGAUCGAAUCAGCGGUCAUCUCUUUUCGACUUGUCGACUCCACAAGGCAUUGCUGCAAAUUCGUUGUCGAACGAUGGGUUGUCUGAAUUUUUAUGCGCCAACAACACCGGGGCUGUACUGGAACGGUUUGCUUUGACAGUCUUCAAUGCUUCUGUUGGGUUUAAAUCGUCGAAUUGGGCCGCGUUUCAAUGUCAUGGUUGGGGUAUUCCUGCUGUCAAGACGACAUGCACCAACAAUUCAAUCACAUCGCUAGUUUUGAGCGUCGAUGCAACUUCCAAACAAGGGACGAUCCCCUCUGAGAUUGCCUUUCUUUCAAACAUUGAUCAUAUAGCACUCCGCAGUAACUCUAUUGUUGGGAGCCUACCCUCUACCCUCGGAAAUCUGCUAACAGUUCGAACCUUGGAACUCUGGAACAAUACCAUCUCGGGCUCCAUUCCUACUGAAAUAUUCUCCUUAUCGACACUCGAGUAUCUUGCAUUGUUUGACAAUCGAUUAGUUGGAACCAUACCGACCGAAAUUGGAGCCUUGAGCAAUUUACUGGGUUUUUGGUUGGAAAACAACUUAGCGACUGGAACGAUGCCGACCGAAAUUGGAGCUUUGAGCCUUUUAGAGACGUUGCAUCUAUCCAAUAACUUUCUGACUGGCAAAAUCCCCGACCUUUCCAACUUGACCCGAUUGCAAGCAUGCAAUAUGUCUAACAAUGCAUUCACUGGGGGUAUUGCGCCACCAGCGUGCGAGUCAUAG